CAAAUCUAUUACCUGAAACAUUUUUUUAGGUUUUUAGGGAUCAAAUUUAUGGUUCUGUAAUGAAGCACAGAAUUUUUUUUCUACAUCACACCGUUUCUCUUUUUUGCUUUUACUGAAAUAGUGGAUCGGAAUUUACUGAGAAAAACGUAUUUUAAUAACAUUUCAAAAAAAAAAAAAAUUUACCACACACCGCAAACCGCAAAACACGUCCGCUGGUAAACCCCACUUGGCCCCGGGUCCCACUGAUGCGUUUUUUAUAAGUAUCCGUUUUCGUCUCAACCAAAACGAAGCAAAAUAUUUUCGCCCACACUAGCGUUUUCGUUUUGAUUUCACCUGUCCACACUAAUGCGUUUUCUUUCGAAAACUGUGCAGACUUUACGAUGCGUUUUGCCUAUCGUCCACACUAGAACGCAGGAAAACGCAGCGUUUUCAAAAGUCUUCGUUUUCGCCUGUCCACACUAGAAACAAUGCGUUUUCAAAGCAAUCCACUUUUGAAAGCAUUUUCGAAGGUCGUCAUUUUCAUCAAAGCUUCACGGAGCGUUUUAGUGUGGACGAUGGGCGAAACGCAUUGAAUACUAUGCGUUUUCAAGCGAAAACGCGUUAGUUUGGCCGGCCUGACCUCACUAGGCGUUUUUUUUCACUAGAAUAUCGCGCCAUGUUGUAUUCUCGUCUGGAAACCCAAAAGAAGAAGAGAGAGGAACGAAAAUAUAAUCCACCGAGAGCAAAACGGCAAAAGACACAUGAGGAACCCGAGGACCAAAUGCAAGUAGUAUCAGAGCGCACCAACUUUAAGCCGGUCAAGCGAGGAACGGUGGUGAAAAAAACAUCAAAUAGAAAAAACACACGGAAGUCAUCGUGUACACUGAAACCACAUCGUGCAAUUGUCAAAAGUGUAACAGUUCCACCAGAACUGCUGUCAAGAUUUCCCAGCGCACUCCAGGAAAUAAACCGAAGAAUAAUGGGACAGAACUUCAUGUGGUUAGGUUUACAAUUAGAGUAGGAAAGGCUCAGAGCCGCUAGAUGCCGUGACAAGAAAUCCACGAAAUGGAACUGGAUAACCAAUUCGAGAGAGUCUACAUUUAAAUUGGUAUAGUUUCGGGUUGGUAUCAGCUGGAGGCAUCUUCCUGAAUGCACCGUCUAGAGGAGGUGACAAAUGGAAACUCCAAAUUUUGCACAGUAAAGGAAUACCGCAACGCUAUUCAGCAGAAUCUGUGAACCGUGACCAUUUAUAAAUGGAAACGUCAUAAAAGACUUCAUAAAUUAUUAAGUUAUUUUCAUCUGAAACCGGAAAUCUAUAAGUAUAUUCCCGUGUGGUCGGGUUAGGUUCUUUCCCCGAUUUAAGUUAUUUCUAAUAUCAGAAAUCCAUAGCAUCCCUUUAGUGUUAAAGCAUGUUCCAUCAGAUUCGUAAAUAGUUUAUUUUUAAAUAGCCUUCAUCAGCGCAGGAAGAAUGGAUUGGAUUAUUUGCAGGUGAUUUUAAGACCGGCGAGGAAUAAACUAUGAAAGGUUUGAAAAUCAAAUUCGCUGCUCAAUAUACUCAGGAAGAGAAAAAGCAAUUGUAGAAAACAUGUCAGUGAAUUUUCGGUUGUCUCGCCAGUCGAACCGUAGCAGGAGCUGACCGUAGCGAUUAUUUUAGACUUUAAUGAUCCUCAGCGUUGCGUAAUGGUCAAGAGCGCUGCAUUUGUGAUCCGGAGGUCCCGAGUUCAACUUCUCCUCCCUGCCACUAGAUGAAUUUGUGUUUGGUGGUCCCAGAUUCAACUCCUCCGCAUUUUGUAACCGUAGCUAACUGGUCAGCCUCCCACCAGUUGAGAUUUUUAACAAGUUUCUGUUCAAUUUAAAAUAUUUGUGUGCUUGUUUCAGUUCACUAGUGCUAAACACUUCGACACUUAAUAAAAUGAUUUAUUAUUACUUUUUAUUUAUCAUUUUAUCUAGUACAGACUAGCAAUGACUAUUAUAACGUGUGUCUGGAAUGACAAUGAAUUCCUCCAGUACACGUUGCCACAAAACACGUAUGCCCACUCUAGCAAGCUUAAGAGCUCUGUCAUUCUCUGUCGUCACGGUUAUUUUAAACGCAGUGCUAGCAACAAACUUAGCUAAACCUGGCUUGAGACAUCGAAAUAGGUUUAAAUGUGGUGAAACUUACGACAGAAGGUGCCAGAGCUAAUAUAUUUAUACGUUUUCAAAUUAUAUAGGGAGACAAUCCAGCUUUUGCCACGUGUAUUUUCUUCAUGCUCAAUAAUCUCUUGCUCACACACUUACAAUAUUUGUUCUCUGCUUGUUUGUUGAUGUUAUUGUCUUGCAUACUGGGCUGUUGCUAUGCCGGACUGGUUGUAUUCUAACUAGCUCGGUCCGACUUCUGAGUCUGCAAGGCCGCCAACUGGUUUUUUUCGCCUGUUGUUUCAGGUUUUCGGGAAAUAACAGGUGCAAACUGUCUUCUUUUCCAUGAUACAUGCCUAUCUUCUCAAUGUCUGUUUGCUGACACGGAAUGGCGAACAGAGUUUAAAUACGUAAGACUAGUUGCUUUAUCGUUGUCACUGUUAAAUGCACAUCAUUAAUCGGAACUGAAGAGAAUUGUACCGUCCUUAAAAAACUGUUAACUUGUACAGUAUUAUACAAUAAAAGUAUUCAAUUGCCGUUCUAGUCAGUGUCGUAAGAGGAUUAUAAAAGAUACCGCUAAUAGGACCAGCUAAACGUUGUGAUAUUCAAUCCGUAAUCUGUUGUUAUUUUUGUGUUCCCGUGACUAAUUAAGUAUACCUUUCUCAAAAUGGAUCACAAACACAGCCUGUUUCCGUUUUAGUGUGUUUCAGCUUUAAUUUUGCUGAAUGCGGUGAAUAUUGCGACAACCGCGGCAGAAUUAAAUGCCUUGAAUGUUUACUGCAAGAGAAGACUCGAGAGAGUGUGAUGAACAUAGAUUUGUUUCGUCAUAAUGCCGAUCUUGACACGUCACGGUUGUCAUGUGGCUCUUGCUAUUUUUGAAACUGACGUCACACGUGGCUGGCCACAGCUAUAAAGGUGCAAACACUGUCACAGAGGAGUGUCAGCGUUGCCAAGCAAAGGAGGCUUAAAACGAACACUGCAGCUGAAGAAGACGAAAAAAAGCGGAGUCAUAAUGGUGCUUCGACAGUGUCUUGCCUGCAAUAUACUGAUUACAGAAUCAUCAAGAUCAUGCGUGUGUGGCCAUGUGCUCGAAGAUGCCAACCGAUACAUUGGUGGAAAACGUUUUUCAGAAUACCGUGCAAAGCUUUAUUCUCGUCUGGAAAAUAGAAGAGAGAAGAAAGAAUUACGGGAAAUCCGCGAGCGGGCGCGGCCGCUUCAAGAAAGGAAGAAUCAAAUUUCAGGAACAGAUUCACGAAAGCUGAGUUUCAAACCCGAGAAACAACGAUCAGCAGUGUCAAGAACGCCAAACAGAAGAAAAAGAAACAAAAAAAUGCCUCGCUUGCGGGCAGGUCUGUCAUCGACAUCAACAAAGCAGCAAGCAGGCAAAAGCACGGUUCCACCAGAACUGCUGUCUAGAUUUCCCAGCGCUCUGCAGGAAAUCAACCGAAGAAUAAUGGGACAGAACUUUCUAUGGUUAGCACUACAAUUGGAUUAACGUUUUUUUUGCAAUACCGGAAGAUAAACUCAUACAGCAAGCAUAUUAUCACGUGCAGCUGAGACCCGCUGCUAUCAGAACAGGAAGAGUAUUGCAAAGGCAAUGAAUGCCACACAUGCCUUCGGAACAGGAAGUCAUAACUGCAAUCGAAAGCCGAACUAAGAGUUUUAAAAUAGCUGAAAAAUGUCUCUCGACAUGUAUUUGAAUAUUCAGCCGUCAAAGCAAGUGUACGACUUAUAACUGUCUUUCAAUCAUCUGAGAUGAUAUUUUUAGAGAAACCUCUUUACUGGUGUUCUUCACACUCAGUGUUGUAAGCUACAAUCCCGGACAAAAAUAUUGGGACACCAAGCAAGUUGUUCCCCUCCCCCUACAUAGAAUGUAGAAAAUUGGUUUUCUUUUCCCUUUUAGUUAAAAAAAACGCGACAUUUUCCAACAUUGAUGAGGGGGAUAUGUGAUCCAGCUUAAAUGUUCGAACUACUUUUGUCUGGGAUCCUAGGCUUAAAGGUCCAUUGUCAACUGACCACCUUCAGCAUAGUCGGGAAAAUAUUCAGUUGAGGAAGAUGACUUUGGUCAUAGCUCGUGACAUUAGAGAGAUUUCGGGGACAUCAUAGUUAUGUUAAAUUGUCUGUUCAUAAUUUAUUUUAAAAUAGAAAAGUUACGAUAGUAAUAAUAUAUAACGCCGGCUAACAGGAGCCCAAGGUUUCUUUGAGCGAAAGUCAAGUGGAUGACCGGAGGUACAGCCGUGUUUGACCACUACUCUAAGAAAUCUCGGAUGAGGAGUCUAGUUUUUUUAGCAGACACUAAAAAGGAUUGCGGUCCAAAACCUACCAAGAUUUCAGGUGUGUUUAAACGAGGAAAGAAACGGGAUUAUUCAGUCGUCUUGAAGGGUGUCUUAUAUAACAAUUAGGCCACGCCGGAGUUUGAGGUUUUCAUCGCGAGCGAUAGCUUCAAUGUACAAAGUAUUACUAGAUUAAACGGUUCACAUCGAAAAUUCUUUAUUCCAUACAAAAUUCGCAUACAAAUUCAAAUUGUUGACUAACUACUGGCAAAAAACGUUUACAAACUUAAACGAGAUUUUCUUCUUAUUUUGCUUUCUGUCAACAAGAACAGAAAAAAAUUGAUGUAACCCAUUGAGCGAUGUAACUAUCUCUUCCGGGUAUUAGAUUCUUGAUUGUAAAGACCGCUGAUCAGGAUACUGCAGAGCGCAGUGUGCAAAAGAUUUGUUUCGGAGUGCUAAACCAACGUGUAAAUACAGUUGUAAAUCAUAUAAAUACAUAAAUAACUAAACUAACAACCAGGCAAUAAAUUUCGUUGUUUGGUCUA